UGUUAUUCGCAGAGCAGCCUCACUCGUGUCUUCAAAUUCCAGUCCAAGCAAGUCAAGUUCAAGCUUAGGUUGGACAUGGACGGCGAGGAAUUGACGGAGCACGAAACUGCUCUCUAUGAUCGCCAAAUUCGAGUUUGGGGCGCCGAUGCUCAAAGAAGGCUAAGCAAGUCUCGUAUUCUCGUCAGUGGACUAAAAGGCACUGUGAUCGAGUUUUGCAAGAAUGUUGUGCUAGCAGGAGUUGGUAGUUUAACAUUGAACGAUGACCGGAUGGUGUCAGAGGACUUGUUGUCAUCCAACUUUUUGAUUCCUCCUGAUGAAAAUGCGUAUGCGGGGAAGUCUCUUGCGGAGCUCUGUUGUGAUUCUUUGAAAGAUUUCAACCCAAUGGUUCAAGUUUCAGUUGUGAAAGGUGGCCCAUUUCCCUUUAUUUUGCAAAUGUUCCUUGCUUGUGAAUGCAGAGACUUGUCCAGCUUUACUGUUGAUUUCUUUGACAAGUUCGAUGUUGUAGUCAUCAGUUCUUGCUCACUUUCAAUAAAACAAUCAGUUAAUGAGAAAUGUCGCAAGCUGUCGAAGCGUAUUGCAUUUUAUACGGUGGAUUGCAGAGACUCCUGUGGUGAAAUAUUUGUUGACUUACAGAACUACAUCUACUCCAAGAAAAAAUGUGAUAAAAAUGCUGAAUGCCUUCUUGAAUAUCCUAGUUUUGAGGAAGCUAUUUCAGUCCCCUGGAAGUCUCUUCCUAGGAGGGUGUCUAAGUUGUACUUGGCCAUGAGAGAAGAACUAUCAUUUCUGACUUUCUGUGCAAAUCUUCAUGGUCAGUUGUGCGUUUGGACAUCUUGGAAAGGAUUGUUAGUUGCUUGUUUAGGCUUUAAUGAGGUUAUGUUAUAUUGGAUCUGGUUGGCUCUUGUGCAGAGCACAGAUUCUAUUAUUGUCUGUUCAAUGAUAGAAAGAUAUGAGGAACUUGAAAACCGCAGUCCUGGGGACACUUCUGCCGCGGAUUUACCGUACAUUCAAAAGCUGAAGAAGGAACUUUGUGAGGCAAAUUCUGUGAAUGAAUCUCAAAUUCCGGAUUCCCUACUCGAGAGAUUGUUAGAAGGUAGAAGAGAAUUUCCACCUGUUUGUGCUGUUGUUGGGGGAAUACUUGGACAGGAAGUUAUCAAGGCAAUAUCAGGGAAAGGAGAUCCUCUGAUGAAUUUCUUCUUCUUUGACGCCAUGGAUGGAAAAGGCGUAAUUGAAGAUAUAUCUAAAGAGAAAUCUGGAAAAGGCAUAAUUGAAGAUAUUUCUAAACAUACAUCGGGAGACAGUUUUGUUGCUGUGGUUUAGGACAAAGGUAAAUCUUGGCACUGUUUGUAACUGAUCUUCAGAGUAUGCUCUUUCUAAUGAUUGUUAGAGCUGUUAAACUAAAUGUAGUCUAAACUUUACUUUAGUUUCAGCGAUCAAGUUAGGCCAUUUUGCAAUGUCACCAGAACUGCACUUAUGAACUUUUGAAGUAAUUUGGAAACAACUUCAUGUAAUGGCCAUGUGUUUUCGUCGAGAUGGGCACAUAAACAUAAAUGGUUGAGAGAUUAUUGUCUCGAGUCUUGUGUGCAAGUUGAGUAAAAAAAGAAAAUUAUGUGAUAGUUUUCAUUCCAAUGUGUGUGUGAAUACAAGG